AUGGCGAACAGGAAACUGAAACCAUACUUCCAAUCCCACCAGAUCAUCGUCAGAUCCAGCCAACCUGUGAAAAAGAUUCUGGAGGGAAAAAACAAAUCAAGCCGCGUCACUGAUUGGGCUAAUCAACUUGCAGAUUUCGGCAUCGAAUACGAACCACGAAUAGCGAUCAAAGCACAAGCCUUAGCUGACUUCAUCGCCGAAAGCACUAUCCCCCAACAUCCUAAACCUAGUCAAGAAUGGAAGUUGUAUGUGGAUGGAUCCUCGACACAAUCAGCUAGCGGAGCUGGGCUGUUGAUCGUGUCUUCUGCCGGGGUCCGUAUGAAAAGAGCGGUCAGAUUCGAGUUCGCGGCCUCUAACAAUGAGGCAGAAUACGAAGCAUUACUCAUGGGGCUCAAAAUCUGCCAUGAAGCAGGGGCGAAAGUAUUAUCCACUUUUUCUGACUCCCAGCUAAUAGUCGGACAAGUGAAUGGAGAAUUCGAGGCCAAAGAUGAUGGCAUGAAGAUGUACUUGCAACAAGUAAGAGAAUUUGUCAAGAAAUUCGACAAAUUCACAUUUGUCCACAUCCCAAGAUCUCAAAACGCACAAGCCGAUUCCCUGGCAAAAUUCGCCAGCUCAGCUGAAACAUCCGCGGCUCGCGAUAUUAUCUGGGAAGUCCUUCCAAACCCCAGUAUUAACCUCAUGGUUAACACCGUUGAUAGAUCAGAAAUGUGGAUGGAGCCAUACAUCAAAUUUUUGCAAAAUCAGACGCUCCCCCAUGACGAGAAUCAGUCCAAAGUGCUUCAAAAGAAGGCCAGAUGGAAAGACGCGGAAACCUUGGUCAAGCGAUGUCCCGAAUGCCAAUACCACUCAAAGAUAGGAAGGAAACCCUCUAACUACAUUUCUGUCAUGCAAGGCGUCUUACCGUUCGAUAAAUGGGGUAUGGAUCUCCUUGGCCCCUUUCCUCCCGCAAAGGGGCAACACAAAUUCAUUAUAGUGGCCAUUGAUUAUUUCACCAAGUACGUGGAAGCAGAGCCCCUCAGCUCCAUCACGGACAAACAAGUCUGUCAAUUCAUAUGGCGAAAUAUCAUCACGAGAUACGACAUUCCUCGUGUGAUCAUUACCGACAAUGGGAGACAAUUUGUCAGUAAGAACACGAUACAAUACUGUGACAGAUUUGGAAUUCAAAUCCGAUUCAGUUCCGUAUCUCGACCACAAACAAAUGGGCAAGUUGAAUCAGCAAACAAGGAGAUCCUGAACAGUAUCAAAAAGAAAAUAGAGGGGGUUAAAGGUACUUGGGACGAAGAACUACCCGGCAUCCUAUGGGCAAGCCGAACAACCGUCAAAGAAGCAACAGGGCAUACUCCAUUCUCCUUGGCGAAGCCGUGCUUCCAGUAG